GAGUGAUUGCAUGUUUGAAACUAUUAACACGGAAGUAUCAGCCUGGACAAUCGUUAAACUUUUCUGGUCCUCUUUCUUGUUGACUACCCAGAAGCACAGUUCGUAAGAGCUUUUUUUUUUUUUCCCUUGUUUUUAUGGUUGUUGAUGGAAGGUGGAGGUGCUUUGUGUACUCGUGGGCACUGGGAAAACAAAAUCCUCAACCCUUUUUGAGACGAGACUGACAGAAGAACAUAUAUGGCUUUGUCGAGGUGGACAGGGUAGCUUGAGUUGAUAAUUCUUUUGUGGUUUAGAGAUGGCGUAUAGAAGGGGGUCCAAUCAGCAACCGCCAAGGCGAAUUUUACGGACUCAGACUGCCGGGAAUUUAGGAGAGCCGACUUUGGAUAGUGAGGUGGUGCCUUCUUCAUUGGUUGAGAUUGCUCCAAUUCUCCGUGUGGCUAAUGAAGUCGAGGCUAGCAACGCAAGAGUUGCUUAUCUCUGCCGGUUUUAUGCCUUUGAAAAAGCUCACAAACUAGAUCCCACAUCCAGUGGACGAGGUGUUCGCCAAUUUAAAACUGCACUUCUUCAACGGCUAGAAAGGGAAAAUGAAACGACAUUUGCAGGAAAAGCAAAGAGUGAUGCUAGUGUAAUGCAGAACUUUUACCAACAUUACUACAAAAAGUAUAUUCAAGCGUUGCAGAAUGCUGCUGAUAAACAUGAUCGCGCCCAACUUACAAAAGCAUAUCAAACUGCUGCUGUCCUAUUUGAGGUUUUGAGGGCUGUGAACCAGACAGAGGAAGUUGAAAUGGCCGAUGAGAUUUUGGAAGCUCACACCAAAGUUGAGGAGAAAAAACAGUUAUAUGUGCCUUAUAAUAUUCUUCCUCUUGAUCCAGAUAGUCAAAAUCAGGCUAUUAUGAGAUAUCCGGAGAUUCAAGUUAGUGUUUCUGCACUUCGCAACACCAGGGGUUUGCCAUGGCCAAAGGACCACCAGAAGAAAGUAAAUGAAGACAUGCUAGACUGGCUUCAGGCCAUGUUUGGUUUUCAGAAGGAUAGUGUUGCAAAUCAAAGGGAGCAUUUGAUUCUGUUGCUUGCAAAUGUGCACGUUCGAGAAUCCACAAAGACUGAUCAGCAACCCAAGCUGGAUGAUCGUGCUCUGACAGAAGUAAUGAAGAAACUUUUCAAGAAUUACAAGAAGUGGUGCAAGUUUUUGGAUCGCAAAAGUAGCCUUUGGUUACCAACAAUUCAACAGGAAGUGCAGCAACGAAAAUUACUAUACAUGUGUUUAUAUCUGCUUAUAUGGGGAGAAGCUGCGAACUUGAGAUUCAUGCCUGAAUGCCUUUGCUACAUUUAUCAUCAUAUGGCAUUUGAGUUGUAUGGGAUGCUGGCACGAAGUAUUAGUCCAAUGACUGGUGAACCUGUAAGGCCAGCCUAUGGUGGUGAUGAUGAGGCCUUUCUAAAUAAAGUAGUAACCCCAAUAUACCAGACAAUAGCAAAGGAAGCUAAAAGGGGCAAAGGAGGAAAAUCUAUGCAUUCUCAGUGGAGAAAUUAUGAUGAUUUAAAUGAAUACUUCUGGUCAGCUGAUUGUUUUCGAUUAGGUUGGCCUAUGCGUGCUGAUGCUGAUUUCUUUUGCCUGCAUCGAGAACAACCUCGGGUUAACAAAAAUGACGAUGAUAAACCUUAUACUGGGGAUCGAUGGAUUGGGAAAACCAACUUUGUCGAAAUACGCUCAUUUUGGCAUAUCUUUAAAAGUUUUGAUAGAAUGUGGAGCUUUUAUAUUUUGUGUUUACAGUCAAUGAUCAUCAUUGCUUCAAAUGGGUCGGGAAAAUUAAGUUCCAUGUUUGAGGGUGAUGUUUUCAAGAAGGUGUUGAGUGUCUUCAUAACUGCUGCAAUAUUGAAGCUUGCACAAGCUGUCCUUGAUAUAAUCCUGAGCUGGCAAGCAAGGCAGAGCAUGUCGAUAUAUGUCCGGUUAAGAUAUAUUUUGAAGGCUGUUUCUGCUGCAACAUGGGUCGUAGUUUUACCUGUAACUUAUGCCUAUAGUUGGAAGAACCCUCCUGGGUUUGCACAGACCAUCAAGAGUUGGUUUGGAAAUAGCCCAAGUUCACCUUCUUUGUUCAUUUUGGCCAUCCUCAUUUACUUAUCUCCAAACAUGCUUGCAAUAGUGUUGUUUCUGUUCCCUUUCAUUCGCCGGUUUCUUGAAAGAUCAAACCAUAAGAUUGUGAUGCUUUUGAUGUGGUGGUCGCAGCCUCGGCUCUAUGUUGGAAGGGCAAUGCAAGAGAGCUCAAUUUCUCUUAUCAAGUACACUAUAUUUUGGGUUCUCCUGAUUAUAUCAAAAUUGGCAUUCAGUUACUACAUAGAGAUUAAGCCUCUUGUUGAUCCAACCAAACUUAUCAUGCAAGUUUCUGUAAGAAAAUUUCAGUGGCAUGAAUUCUUCCCUCAAGCCAAGAACAACAUCGGCGUUGUGAUGGCACUUUGGGCUCCUAUAAUUAUUGUCUACUUUAUGGAUACUCAGAUUUGGUAUGCUAUCUUCUCCACAAUUUUUGGCGGUAUCAAUGGUGCAUUUCUUCGUCUUGGAGAGAUUCGAACGUUAGAAUUGCUGAGGUCUCGAUUCCAAUCACUGCCGGGUGCUUUCAAUGCCCGCUUAGUUCCAGUGGAAAGGAAUGGGGAAACCAAGAAGAAGGGACUGAAGGACACUUCCUCUCACAAAUUCGAUGAGAUCCCAACUAAUAACGAGAAGGAGGAAGCCAAGUUUGCUCAGUUGUGGAACAAAAUAAUCAGUAGUUUUAGAGAGGAGGAUCUGAUUACUAACUGGGAAAUGGACCUGUUGCUUGUUCCUUAUUGGGCAGACCGUGAUCUGGAUCUUAUCCAAUGGCCUCCAUUUUUACUUGCUAGCAAGAUUCCAGUAGCUUUGCAUAUGGCUGAAGACAGCAAUGGAAAAGACCGUGAGUUGAAAAAGAGGUUGAAAGAUGAUAAUUACAUGCACUGUGCUGUUCGUGAGUGCUAUGCGUCCUUUAAAAUUAUGAUCAACUUUUUGGUUCUAGGAGAACAGGAAAAAAUGGUUAUAAAUGAAAUUUUCUCCAAAGUUGACUCUUAUAUACAAAAGGACACUGCGAUAACAGAACUGAAUAUGAGCGCUCUACCUAGCCUUUAUGAACAAUUUGUUAAGCUUAUCGAGUAUUUGUUAUUGAAUAAAGAGGAGGACAAGGAUGAGGUCGUAAUUGUCUUGCUCAACAUGCUUGAGAUUGUGACCAGAGAUAUAAUGGAGGAUGAGGUUCCUAGUUUGGUAGAGUCAAUUCAUGGUGGCCUCUAUGGAAAAGAAGGGGGAAUGAAACCCUUUACUGAACGAUAUAAGUUUUUUGGUAAACUUAAAUUUCCUGUACCAGAAACGGAAGCUUGGAAGGAAAAAAUUAAAAGGCUUCAUCUACUGCUUACCGUUAAGGAGUCUGCUAUGGAUGUGCCAUCCAACUUGGAAGCUAGAAGGCGUAUUUCUUUCUUCUCCAAUUCAUUGUUUAUGGACAUGCCUACUGCACCCAAAGUCCGAAAUAUGCUUUCCUUCUCCGUCCUCACUCCCUACAAUACAGAGGAUGUCCUUUUCUCCAUAGAUGACCUAGAGAAGCUCAAUGAAGAAGAUGGAGUUUCCAUACUUUUUUAUUUGCAAAAGAUCUUUCCAGAUGAAUGGAAAAACUUUCAAGAACGAGUGAAGUGUAUUGAUGAAGAAGAACUGAGAGAAAAACAUGAAGAACUCCGUUUGUGGGCAUCAUAUAGAGGCCAGACAUUGACCAGGACUGUACGAGGCAUGAUGUAUUACCGUAAAGCUUUGGAACUUCAGGCUUUUCUGGAUAUGGCUAAGGAUGAAGAUCUAAUGAAAGGCUACAGGGCGGCUGAAUUAGAUAGUGAGGAACACUCAAAGAGUGAAAGGUCAUUAUGGGCACAAUGUCAAGCGAUAGCUGAUAUGAAGUUCACAUAUGUGGUAUCAUGCCAACAGUAUGGCAUUGACAAACGGUCUGGUCAUUCUCAUGCUAAAGACAUUCUGAAGCUUAUGACGAAGUAUCCUUCUCUUCGGGUAGCUUACAUUGAUGAAGUAGAAGAAACUGGCAAAGAUAACUCCAAAAAAACAGUUCAAAAGGUCUAUUAUUCAGCUCUCGUAAAGGCUGCUUUACCAACCAAGUCAAUUGAUUCUUCUGAGCCUAUUCAAAAUUUGGACCAGAUUAUAUAUCGGAUAAAGCUUCCUGGGCCAGCAAUAUUGGGUGAGGGGAAGCCAGAAAAUCAAAAUCAUGCCAUUAUUUUCACACGAGGGGAAGGCUUGCAAACUAUAGAUAUGAAUCAGGAGAACUAUUUGGAAGAAGCCUUCAAGAUGAGGAACUUGCUGGAAGAAUUUCUUAAAAAACAUGGUGGCGUGAGAUUUCCAACAAUCCUUGGACUUCGAGAGCAUAUAUUCACUGGCAGUGUUUCAUCGCUGGCAUGGUUUAUGUCUAAUCAGGAGAAUGGCUUUGUAACUCUUGGGCAGCGGCUAUUAGCUGACCCUCUGAAAGUUCGGUUCCACUAUGGUCACCCAGAUGUGUUUGAUAGACUGUUCCACCUUACUAGAGGGGGUGUCAGCAAAGCUUCCAAAGUCAUCAAUUUAAGCGAGGACAUAUUUGCAGGUUUUAAUUCUACACUACGCGAAGGAAAUGUUACUCAUCAUGAAUAUAUACAAGUUGGCAAAGGUAGGGAUGUUGGCCUUCAACAGAUCUCAACGUUCGAGGCAAAGAUAGCUAAUGGGAAUGGUGAGCAGACAUUAAGUCGUGACAUAUAUAGGCUUGGGCACCGAUUUGAUUUCUUCCGAAUGUUGUCAUGCUAUUUCACCACUAUUGGUUUCUAUUUCAGCACGUUGCUGACAGUGUUCACAGUCUAUGUCUUUCUCUACGGCCGCCUUUAUCUUGCUCUCAGUGGACUCGAAGAGGAGCUGAGCACUGCAACAGCUGUUCAAGACAUUAAGCCUCUUCAAGUAGCUCUUGCUUCUCAGUCUUUUGUGCAAAUUGGAUUUCUGUUGGCCUUGCCUAUGAUGAUUGAAAUCGGUUUGGAGAGGGGCUUCCGGCGUGCAUUAACUGAUUUCAUAAUAAUGCAAUUACAGUUAGCUUCUGUAUUCUUCACAUUUUCUCUGGGAACAAAAACCCACUAUUAUGGAAGGACAUUGCUUCACGGGGGUGCACAAUACAGAGGUACAGGUCGUGGUUUUGUUGUGGUCCAUGCUAAGUUUGCCGAGAACUAUAGGCUCUACUCUCGCAGCCAUUUUGUCAAGGGGAUUGAACUGAUGAUUCUACUUCUUGUGUACCAAAUGUUUGGUCUUUCAUAUAGAGGUUCAGUUGCAUAUGUCUUGAUCAUUAUAUCGAUAUGGUUCAUGGUGGGAACAUGGCUUUUUGCCCCUUUCCUCUUCAAUCCAUCAGGAUUUGAGUGGCAAAAGAUUGUUGAUGACUGGGCAGAUUGGAAUAAAUGGAUAAGCAACCAUGGAGGGAUAGGUGUACCUCAAGAUAAAAGUUGGGAAUCUUGGUGGGAAAUGGAACAAGAGCAUCUCCGUUAUUCUGGGAAGCGGGGUAUCAUUGCUGAGAUAUUGUUAUCCUUGCGCUUUUUCAUCUAUCAAUAUGGGCUCGUAUAUCAUUUGAAAAUCAUUAAGAAUACCAGAAGUUUCCUGGUUUAUGGAGUUUCAUGGGUUGUGAUCAUUGUACUAUUGUUGCUGAUGAAGGUUGUGUCCCUUGGAAGAAGACGAUUGAGUGCAAAAUUCCAGCUUCUAUUUCGAUUUAUCAAGGCUCUAGUUUUUCUAACAUUCUGUUCUCUUUUCAUCACUUUAAUAGCACUCCCUCAUAUGACGCUCAAGGACAUCGUAGUCUGCAUUCUUGCAUUCAUGCCAACUGGAUGGGGAUUGCUUCUUAUUGCGCAAGCUUGUAAGCCGCUGAUUGAACGAGCUGGAUUCUGGGAAUCAGUCAAGGCACUUGCUCGUGCCUAUGAAAUGAUCAUUGGCUGGCUUCUAUUUAUCCCAGUUGCUUUCUUGGCUUGGUUCCCGUUUGUUUCAGAAUUCCAAACACGAAUGCUCUUCAACCAAGCAUUCAGCAGAGGUUUACAGAUUUCCCGUAUUCUGGGUGGACAGAGGAAGGAUCGUUCCUCCAGCAAUAAAGAGUAAAUUCAGGCCCAACAACUGUUUCUCAUAAUGCAAAUACCACAUCGUUUACCUUACAAUCUAGAAAAUUAUAUCAUUGUAAUUUGUUGUGCUUCUAUGUCGUUUUGACAACGUAAAAAAUGUUGCAUAUUUCCCACAGGAUUGUUAAUUUGGUAGAUGUAAAUGUCUAUUCUAUGGGAUUUUUGAAGGAGAUGGGAAGGAUGCAAGUUUUCGCAAUCAAUGAAGACCUUUCAGGCUUUCUGCUA